AUGUGGACAUUUAUCCGAUCCGUUCAAUCAUCUCCCAAAGAAAAGGAAAACAAACUUCCUAUUGCCAAUCAUUACGCCUUCCUUCGACUAUUCUGUCGCCAUAUUGCUUUUCCGAAACUAAUCUCCCCGACCUACUCUCAGUACCUUUCUUUCCUUUCUUUCCUGUCUUUUCUUUCUUUCUUUCUUUCUUUCUUUCUUUCUUUCUUUCUUUCUUUCUUUCUUUCUUUUGUUUCUAUAGACAUUACUAUUUCAUACUUUCCUCAAUUUGCCCGUUUCUCUUUCUUUCUUUCUUUCUUUCUUUCUUUCUUUUUUUCUUUCUUUCUUUCUUUUUUUCUUUCUUUCUUUCUUUUAAUUGUUUUCUUUCUUUCCGUUCUUUUCUUUUUUCUUUUACUUGUUUUCUUUCAUUUGUUUCUUUCUUUCUUUUUUUUCUUUCUUUCUUUUUUUUUUUUUCUUUCUUUCUUUCUUUCUUUCUUUUUAAUUGUUUCCUUUCAUUUCUUUCUUUUCUUUCUUUCGGUUUUUAAUUUUUUUCCUUCUUUUCUUUUUUCUUUCUUUUAA